AGGUUAGUGUGUGCUGCCGGCAAGAGGUAUGUUACUACUUCGUAGAUCGUUGUCCACAGCUUCAACUUUGAUAGGUAGAGAACUAUACCAAGGUGAGUCUGUCGUGCGUCUCAUUCUCAAAGAUGUAAAGCGCCGAAACGCACUGUCGUUGGAGAUGAUCGAAGCAAUUACAAAAGAACUGGAAGGAGUCAACACAAUCCCGAAGGUACGAUCAGUGAUUCUCACUUCAGAAGGCCCUGCUUUCUCUUCCGGACAUGAUUUACGGGAACUGGUGACCGAAGCCGGAUCUGAUCUGCAUCAGAAGAUCUUCGAAAAAUGCGGCAAACUCAUGCUGUUGAUACGUCGCAUGGAAGUGCCGGUGAUAGCUGAGGUCUGCGGUAUGGCAGCUGCAGCUGGAUGCCAGUUAGUUGCGUCGUGUGAUGUGGUGGUUGCAUCUGACACCUCCAAAUUCAUGGUUCCUGGCCAAAAAGUCGGUCUCUUCUGUUCGACUCCUGGUAUUGCUUUGGCAAGAGCCGUUCCAAGCAAAGUGGCGAUGGAUAUGCUCCUAACUGGUGAACCUAUUGAUGCUAAAUCUGCGCUUCGAUGCGGGCUUGUUUCGCGUAUAGUACCUGAGGAAAAAGUGAAGGAAGAGGCGCUGAAGGUUGCAGAGCAAAUUGGCCGGUAUAGCCGUUCGGUGACAGCGCUUGGAAAAGCAUUUUUCUAUUCACAAAUUGAACUAGGAAUCAGUGACGCAUAUAGAUAUGGAAACAAGAUAAUGACGGAAAAUUUGAAGUACAAGGAUGCUCAAGAAGGUAUCAAUGCUUUCGUCGAAAAGAGAAAGCCAAAUUUCAAGAAUACAGAUGAAAAAGUCUAGUCAUAUGUCCUGCCAUUGCUAGUUUGAGGGUAAUUAUCAUCAGGUGCCAUUUUAUUAUAUGUAUCAGGAGAUUUUUACUAUUUAUUACGCAGAUAUACUCGUGGCGGCAAUAAAUUUG